AUGCUUGAUCCAGCGUUCUACGUAACAACAGAUUUUAUUCUUCGUUUAAAUGAACUCAUCAAGCAUUUGGCAAUGUACACGCUGGAUAGUACACUCGAGUCACAGGAGGCGUUCGACCGUGCGGGGUCGAUGUGGAAUCAAACGGAAGCCAAAUUGGAAGAUCUUGUAACGCGUUCCCGAGCUACUACCGCGAAUAAUCGGAAUGGUAAUUUAACAAACCUUGCCCUACACACCGCACUGGAAGCAGUCCAAUCGGAGAAGAGUAACUUUUUAAAACAAAUGGCGAACUAUAACCAUUCCAAAGCAACCACGGAGAUCGACGCAAUAUCGUUCAUCGAUCGUACAACACAAGAUGGCGAGCUGGUAUUGUCCGAUCCGGAUAUGGCGCUUAUCAUACACUCAAGCGUACACGAACUAACCACCGUUUCGAUGGGACUGUUGCAUUUGUUGGAAGACAUCACCAUCUCCAACCGGCAAGCGAGAGCCAACCCAACGCAAAGUUCCGUCGAAAAGUUUCUCGCCGUUUUCAAGCGUGCCAUAGUGGACACUAAGUUGAACUUUCAAACCCAAGCCAACCGGGUGCUAAGACGUGUCCGUGCACAUCUUUCCACACUCGAUGGAACACCAGAGCUUGGGCACUAUUUGAAGUGUUAUGCAGAUCUUAUCACCAUGUUCAAGAAGGAUGUUAAUAAACUGCUUUACAUGACGUACAGGUCCGUUGAGAUGUCGCUGAACCCUUACCGCACGAGAAUUGAUGAGGAGCUUAGCAUGGGUAUCUCCGACCAGCUUAACGCGGCCGGAAUGUCCAACGGCCAUGCAUUUCUUUAUCUGUGCUUCAAGCGAUACGUCUUCCCGUACUACGACCAAUCGCUGGCGGUGGCAAAGUUACUGCACUGUGGUGAACCGGAAUUAAAAACGCUGGAGUAUCUGGUGACGAUAGCCAUACCGAUCCUGGAACGUGCCGCCAUAUCCGAUAGUAGCGCGGUGCAGAUGAAUGUUAUCUGUGCAAGUGGUUCCGCAGAGUGUAGGAAUAAUUAUUACAUGUCUUUGAGCGACCAGUUAGAUGCGGGCCGAGAACGCUUCCAAAGUUAUGUACACUUCAUUGAGCUGGAACUGUUGGCGCUGUCGCAUAGAGUGGAUGUAUGCGCGUACUCGACUGUGUUAGAUGUGGAGAAUUACGUAGAAGUGAUUAAAGCGAAAUUCCAAUCCUGCUUGGACACGGGAUCAGUUAACUGA